AGUGUCGGAUAUUAUUUGCUGUAAUUCGUUCACACACGGGUGUCUAUCCCCGAAGUGCUGUGUUGUAAAUUUGUAGGCCGGUCUUCCAUUUCAUCAAGAAUGUGAGGGGGACUCUGAAAUUGAUUUUGUGAGAGAAAUAUUUAUCGGCUGGUUUGCUUUGAGUGAUUUGCGUCCCGAUGAGUGCAACUUCCAUAAGUAUCUGGCCUCACAAGUUACCGACAACACCGACAUCGACAACGGACAUGCAGUGCAAUACUGUCGCUCUCUCUUCUUCGUUCUGAAAGUUUCUGCACAAGAUUCGACAUGUCGACAGAGGCUGCAUCAAAGCUACCCACACAUCAAGCGUCUAAGCGGAGUCGGGCUCCACCCCCUCCAACCGCACGCCCCUCAGCCAGUGAGACUGCAAAUGGCUCCCAGUCCGAACACGAGAAGGACGUCUUGAAAAACAAUGGUAACCUUGGAGAUGGUGCACCAGGGUCAGAGGAGAGGCAACUCACCUUGGUACUGCCGGGGGACAAGUUGGUCAAGGCAUCGGUCGCUAAAACGACGCCAAUCUUGGAUUUACUCAUUAUGAUUUCAUCUAAAAAUAGACUGAAUCCAUCUGGUCACAUGAUCGCUCAGCCGGGUGCCAGACCCAAGGACCCCCCUAUCCAUCUUAAAUCCAGUCAGACGUUAGCUGAUAUUGUGGGAGAUACCGUCUACAUCAUCCCUAGGAAUCAGAGGGAGCUCUUUGUCUACAAGAAAGAAGAGGACAAGAAGUCCGCUGUCUAUGAGCAAACCACUCGCAUCACCGUUGUGUCCAAUAAGAACCACAAGAUGGUGCUACGAGUCGACCCUGAGAAGACCCUGAAGGACCUGCUUCCUCGGAUAUGUGAGGAGAGAGGAGUGGAUCCUGGUAGCCAUUCUUUGAGACUCGUCAAUCGACCCAACGACCCCUAUGACCUCAACCACACCCUGGAGAGUACAGGGGUCAUCGAGUUCUUACUUGUAGAUGCCAAGGGUCAACCUGCAGGAGGUGAACUAGAAGUCAUGCCAGAACCAAAAAAGAAAAAGGGAAGCUUCUUCAACAGAAUCACCAAGAAGAAAAAAGAGUAUGAAUUUGGUGGUGGAAGCAGUAUUCCUGAGGCCCAGCCAACGAUAACUACUACCUCAUCAGAAGCCCCAGAACAGCGGUCGCAACGUCACUCAUCCCCUCCAACCCGUCAGCCUGCCCCAACAACAGAGGCCCAAACAUCAAUGCAAGAGCAGGACGACUCCAACAGCAACACCUUGAAGAAGCGCCGGCCUGCACCUCCCCCACCCAUGGGGAGGAAUCCGCCUACCGUGGCAUCGGACGAGGAGAGGCUGGACCAGGAGGGCGGCUCCAACACCCUGAGGAAGAGACGAGCCCCUGCUCCGCCGAGACCAACCUCGCCUCCGCGACGGACGCAAUCUCUCUACGUUGGUUCUGCUUCAGAUGUUACGUCAGAGCGGCCGCCACGACCCACAUCUCCACCUAUGAGGUCAGGGGUCAGUCUAGAUGAAGGGAUGAUGACCUUUGAGACAGCCGGUCAAGAGGUGGCGGAGAUUAAACAAGAAAAUGCAGACAAACCCCCCAGGCCUACCAAGCCACCACGCCCUCCCUCUAUCAGUAAAGGCUCGAGGCUCGACCUGCCCCCUUCAGACCCAGCAGCCGAGCCGGUGUUUGUUCCACCGCCACCCCCUGAAAUACCUCCCUCUCCUGACGGUGAGCAAGAGGACGUUAGUAGGUUAAUUGAGAUGGGGCGCCUCAACCGAUCUUUUGACGAUGGGGCCGACAAUGAGGAAUGUGGGGAAGACUCCCCUAGAGUGUACACAGAGUCCCUAAGCAGUAGUGUCACAGAGACCGGCCUCGAUGAGGCAUUUGAGGAGGCCAUUGCCAUGGGCGCUGCAGAUGUAGCUGUACAAGAAGAAGAAGAAACGCUCGCAUCGCCACCUGAAGAUCAGACCGAGCUAGAAGUUGAAGUCGCUGGACUUAACCUAGAUGCUUCGGCCGAGGAGACGGAGUCAUUGCCGGAACCCGAGGUGGACAAAGUCCAAGAGGUACAUGAAGAGGAGGAAGACAGCCAAGAUGGUGCCAAGGAAGCAGCGGAGGAGGAUGUGGCGGAAGUCCAAGAAGAAGAGAAGGAGCCAGUAGAGGAGAAGACUGAGGAUGAGACGGCAGAAUCGCUAGAAGAUGAGGAACAAGCUCUCCUAGUGAUUAACCCCUCUAAUGCAAACUCUAACAAUGGUCACGGUGACAGGACUAUUUUAACAAACCCCAACGCAUCUGAUGAAGACCACACAGUCAAACUGAAUGUGCCAAACGUUGCCUCCGGAGAAAACACAUCCGCGGAAGAUGAUGCCGAUUGCUCGAAACCUGCCGUCAGGCCAGCCCGGGCUAAAUCGGAUUCGUCACUUCAGGAAGCGACAUUGAGGGAGAGGAAAGUGCGAUCAAUUUCCUUGUCGGAAUAUCCACAGAAGUUGAGGCUGAGCUACGUACCUGAAAGUGCGGACUUGGAAAACGCAGUUGCGUCAUCAGUGAUCAGAGCAUCGAUCUCAACAGAUGACGGCAAGGUAAUUCAAAAACAACAAAGAGAGACAUCGCACGGUCUCACCAAAAAGUGUCAACUUGAAGGACAACAUCACCGGGCUGAAGUCGAGACGUCCAAUGUUGCCUAUUCUGGGUCCACAGAUAAAGACGACAAAGCGCAGAAGGAGCUUCUCUCCCACAUGAUGGAGAUGAGCUUGACUGAGGACUCCAAGGAGACCUAUCCUCCAAACACUCAGGCAGAAGACACCAACUACAUGCUGGAGGAAAAAUCAGUCCAUGACCUAGCGUUCAAUGUCACUAGGGAGACAACUGAGUCUGUUGUCAGCGCCGCAGGGAGUGUAGAUGGCGACAGGGUUGAGAAGGAGGAGAAGGCUAAGACAAAGGAAGACAGUCCCAAAAAGGCGGAGCCCGUCAAUGAGGAGAAGUUGACCGACCAGUACGCGCUGCUGCAGUCCCAGCUUGCCGCUCUGCAGCAGCAGAUGAUGAUGUCGCCGCAGGCCGGCAUGAUCGGGAUGCAGAUGCAGCAAAUGCAGCAGCAGAUGUUGCUGCAGCAGCAGAUGAUCAGCCAAAUGAUGAUGUCAUCGGGCCAACAGCCGAUGGUGAUACCCGUCGCGUACCAACAGCCGAUGAUGUCACCCCAGCAACCAAUGAUGUCACCGUCGCAGCAGCAGCCACAGAUGAUGAUGUCACCGCAUCAGAUGAUAUCGCCGCAGGGACAGCAACAGAUGAUGAUGUCACCUCAGCAACUCAUGAUGUCCCCACCAAUGAUGUACUCAUCUAUUCCCAUCCAGCAGAAUGCUCAUCAGCAACUGCCGUCCACAGCCACAGUGCAGUCUCAGCAAACCCCGAUCUUAGCCACCCAUGAGCUAAAAGACUCAAAAGAGUCGCCCAACAGGGAAGAAGCUUUUAUGAAUGAAGCCGUGAAUGCUGAUGCGCAAGUAGACGAGGUUGAGGAUGUGGUUCAGGUUGAGGUAGAAGAACGCGUAGAAACUGUUCCAAGACCUCUCUCACCACCCUUGAAAGCCGAGGCGGUUUCCGUUAGCCAUCCAACUUAUCAUUUUGCCCGAUCACGGGACGUGCCAAAUGGUGAUGCAAAAGUAAAGAAAGCAUCUCCGCCCAACACACUCCGUAGUCCCAAGUCUCAGCAGAGGGUAUCUGUUCUCAUCAACCCAGAGGAGGCUUCUCCUGAGAAAAGUGUAGCUUCGGAGGAGAAUUGCAAUGAUACCAAACGUCCACCUAAGAUUGACGUGAAUCAGAAUGCAACCCCAGGAGACAGGUCAUCGAUCAGUGAGUUUGCUGUCAGUGGGUCAGCAUCAUCUUCCACAGAACCCGUGUCCCCAAAGUCGGAGAAGCCGAAGAAGUCGGGUUUCAAUUUGUUCAAGAAGAAAACGUCAAAGUAUUCCUACAUCUUGUCCGCACAGAGGGAGUUCUCGAAGAAGUCAGAGACAGAUCGUCAGCGCACCAGCUCCAACCCUCCCAAACCCGCCGAGGUUCAGUCGGACAGCAACAACGGGUCCAGAGGUAGGGCAAACACCCUUGAUUCCUAUGACCCGAACCGGGUCGGUAGGAACUUUGCGUCCACUGACCCCGCCAUAGCUGACUUUGAGCGAGACAUGAAACGGAACGUCCACGUUCCUCCCAAUCUUGCAAUAUCUCAUUCCGCAAUACCGCCAAGGACCAAACCAAAGACCCAAAAACCGAAAGACCAAUCAAGUCCCGAACCCGCCCAAACAGCGACCCCCCUUACCCAUUCCCCUAAAGAACCCCCUCUCCCAGUUACUAACGUUGAUAACCAAGCAACUAACACCGCUUCUACUAACAAAGUCCCUGUAUCCCCAAAUACUUCUGAUGAGACAUUCACUUUGCCUGGACCAGCCACUUCGAAAGAAGCAAUCCAAACUCCCCCCACACCAGCAACAUCAGAACCCCUUCCGUCCCUGGCUAACAAACCCCAAGGGUCUCCAACCCAUAUUAACCCAGAUGAAGCCAUACUCUUAGAAUCGCCUUGUUCCAACUCACCUAACGAAAACCCAGUACCCCCUGUACGAAAGACACAGAUUAAGCCCGAGGACACCUUGAGGACUGUCAAAGCUACUGGAGAGACCGAGGGAGCGGGUGGGCCUGUUCCACGGAGGCGGGCCAAGAUCAUCAACUUGAGGGCCCUGCAGGAGGAGCAAGAGAGGAUCAAGGCAGAAGCCAGCGUGUCUGAGCUUAGACAGAUCUUUGGCCAAGGUAAUCAGUAAAUCUAGGAAGAGAAAUCAUCUAGAAACUGCCAAGAGUGAAUCUAGAACUUAAAAAAGGCAUUAGUUGUAUCAUUCACACAUGAAGUAAGCCUCCUACUGUCUACUAUAGUCAACAUUGACCAGUGUGGUUCUAAAGGAUGGAUGAACUACAUGUUCCUGCCUGCAACAUUAAAUCACAUGGUGAAUGCAUCUGCACAGUAGAUAGUCAACCGUCCAACUGCCUGACCGUUCAAAAUUCACUGCUGUUAUGAAGAAAGGCUACACUAUGCCAGCCUGCAGUCUGACAUCAUGAUGCAUCUACACAGCACAUAGUCAACCCUACUGCCCACCUAUUCAAUAUCAUCCACUGUGGUUUUAAAGGAUAGCUACACUGUCAGCCUGCCGUAUGACAUCAUAAAUGCAUCUACACAGCACACAGUCAACCCUCCUACUGCCUGACCAUUCAGUAUCAUCCACCGUGGUUCUGAAAGAUAAAUGCACUACACUAGCCUGCAAUACUGACCAAAUUCACCUGACUUCAUCAUCACAAUAAUCUUGGUUGUGCUAUUUUUUGAGUCAGUGUCCCAGUCGUUAUAUACAUGUACAUUGUAGCGCACAUUGUAGGCAACCAGCAUUCACCGUAAUUUUCACAUGCAAUUUGACUCCCAAAAUGGCGAGGGCGGCAGACAGUCCCGUGUGACGCCGAGUCGAGGGAUCAGUAACACUGUAAACCACAAAAUGUUUUUUUCUUUUUUUUCUUAAAAAAAAAAAAGUAAUACUUAGCCUUUAAAAGUACCAACUUGGUUGAAUGGACAAGAUAUACAUUUGCACUGCUGUGCGUGGCUGGUAAUUUUCCGGAAAUUUUUGUUGGGGUAACCUGGCGAAGGUCGGAGGGAUGAUGAAAGGCCGAAUUACAGUGACCCACUGUGGGACAUGGUGACCAUAGCCGGUGAAGCGAAUAAUUAAUAAACUGCUGACCUUGAAUGUCAUAGGACCGAUUUUUCGAUGCAGUUAUCUCAAAUAAUUGUAAAAAACAUUUCCCAAAAAUAUAUUUGGAUUUUUGACAUAAAAGUAUGACCAAAUUAGCACUUAUAUAAAAUAUUUAAAAAACACUUGUCUGAGUAAGGUAGUCUAAUACCAUGUACAAAAUUGAAGGUUAUUUUAAAAAAAUGAAUUUGAACAGUAACUUUGGUAAAGUUUAGUUAAGAGUUUUUUUGUUGUCUCUUAACGGAAAGUCUUAUGUCAGUAAUGGAAAGGAAUUUCAGUUUUUCAGAUCAGUUUUUUGUUUUACAUACCUCUAACCUCUGAUUCUUCUACCAUUUGAUACCAUCCACUGGUUUUCAAAUAAUAGAAUUGCACUAUAUGCCAGUGCAUCCACACAGUACACAGUCAAUACUCCUACUCUCUGACCAUUCACUGCCAUGCACAUGUUUUUUUUUUAUAAGGGAAACAGCUGUGGGGCUGUGUCCAAGUGCCGAAGGCUCAUUCCUUUAUCGUCCUUUUACGACCCUUAAAGUUUUAAACGGCCAUUUAAGACCGAGUCGAUACUACUAUUUUACUUCCAUCAUGAUACAAGCCCUUUUUUCAAAAAAGCAUACUAAUGUGUGCUGGCUCAUAUAAGGGUCAAACUGUAUGCUUCUGCUCAAAAACUGUUGUGCUUACGCCCUCAAACUAAUGCGUUUGACAUUGAGUAGCUGUAUGUAUUGACUUGGAGCGUUAGUGAAGACGUAAGCUUUGGCGUACAUAUGUUAAACUCCUCACUGUGAUUAUAUUGCACGUUUAAACAUGACCACAAUGAUAGAUAAACUAUGCCAGCCUGCAAUGCCACACCAUUUGUGUUCAAAUGCAUGUACACAGUACACACAUGUACAUGUAGGCCCUACAGUUGGUUCCAUGCCGAUUGCGCCACCCUACACAACCUGUGUAGUUGAAGGGUUUCAAAUGGAUGGUCAACUCACUGGCAAAUGAUUAAAUAGUCGGUUACAAAAUGAGAAUGUAAAACAUGAUAAUUGACAUUAAUUGAUCACAUCCACAGUACUCUGGAAAUGUUCAAAUGGAUGUUUUUUUUCUUAUGGAUAUUAAUUGAUUACUUUAAUAGACCUCUAAGAAAAUACAAGUACUUCCUUGACUUUGAUGUGCCAACUUAACACCAAAGUGUUGUAUAUAUUUAUAUUAAUUGGCCUUUAUAAUUCGCAAUGUUAAAGGUGCUGUCUAGAUGAAGUUUUUUGUGACUCUUUUGAAGUACUGACCUGUGACCUGUAUGUAUUGCAAGAUAAUGGGCGGCUUGUGCUUAAAGCGCCUGCCUCUCACCACUCCCCCUGGUUUGACUCCUGCAUGGCUAGGGCCAUUUAUGCAAGUGGAGUUGUGUUUGAGUUUUCUCUUAUGCCACAAUGUUUUGUUCUUUGGGCCGCACGGUUUUCCUCUUUCGGAAAUAUAAGACCCUUUGAUCUCUGGCUGUACUCCGUGGUCAUGGGUUGAUGUGGCUGCCUGCCAAAAGUCACCAUUACGUCUCUGUCUUCCCACUUCAGCUUCGGGUUGGGAGGAUUAGCCAUUCCAAAUUAAAAUUAUCAAGGAUAGAACUGCUUAACAGUAAGUAAGCACCUUUUUCUGCUUACUUUAUCAGAAAAGAAUUCUUAAGCCCAAGUGCCGUUCACAGGUUUUCAGGAAAAUUAGGCAGGCAGCCAGCCAGCGUGUUUUUGUUUUCAGUGGUCGUGUUGGUCUGUUCAUUUUGCUUUAACAGUAAGCGCCGGAAGGUUAGCAUGCCUUGUCCAUUUACUGUUGGCAGCACCAUGAAAUAGAACAAAAAAACACAAACAUCCACCGUUAUGCAGCUCUGCAAAAUUGGGCCAGGUCAAAAUGCACCAAAAGAUUCACGGAAAGUGUAACAAGAUCUUUAACAACCCGGAGUUGUUAUCAUUUGUAUUCACAGACUGUAUUCCAAAUGUACAUUAUACACAUCAAACACCAGUACUUAUUAAUUUUUUAUUAUUAUAUAAUAGACAUGUAUACUGCCAAUAAUAUUUGGAAUGAAGUAAUUUUGUAAACUUACAUCCAUUGUAAUUUUGUUGUUUUGUUGUGAGGGACAUUUAGUUCCAGCUGACAAUAUGUAAAGAAGACAGUAACUAGGGUGAUACGAUGACGGUUUCUAGGGUGAUAUAAAGUGUACAAAAUUAAUAAUAAGCUAUGGACUACUGCUUGUACUAAUACCUCGACUAUAAUGAGGUUUGGGUGGGGUUAGGAUAGAGAUGGGGAGGAGGGGGUUGGGCGCCCUUGGGCUACAACUAGCCCUCUACACCUGGGGUGGGGGUUGGACUGGGGGAGGGGGUGCCAUUUCUGUCAUUGAAACUAUCACCAACCACAGCUCUAUCCACCCUGAGAAAGGUGGUGGGUGGGUAGGGGUGCACCAAGCCAUUUGCAAGUUGGAUUUGGGUAUUGACUUGCUUAGUCACAAGUUUCCACAUGAACCCAAGUCUCGACACUCAUGGGGUGACAGGUCUUUUUCUUCA